CUUCAGUUACAUUGUAGUGUUUACUGGCAUCAGUUGGAUCUGUUAUGGCGCGAUUGUUCUCCAGAUUUAACAUGACUAAUGCAGUCUACAUGGCACUCAGUCGGCUGCGAGACUCUUCCACAGCCGCCGCCGUGAUGGUGCUGAGCCUGAUGCUGGCCGUGACGUGGGUGGCGGUGGCGGCGCAUCUCCUCCACCAGUACCACUUCCCUCCGCCACUACUCAGACACCAAAGCUAUAACAAAGCUGUGCAAGACGUUCUCAACCGCCUGAGGAGCGAACACCUGCAAAACAAAAGCCACACUCGCUUCCCCUUCAGGUACACAAUUAACGAAAGGGAGCUCUGCCAUGACAAUGUGAUCAUUAUAAACAUGGUCCCAGUCCAUCCGCACCAGACUGAGGUUCGUCAUUUUAUAAGAAGUACCUGGGCCAAACCAACCUUAUUCCGCAUGUCGCGCAUGAAGACGGUUUUCCUGAUGGGGAGCACGGCCAUGGCCAACAUGACGCGCGAGGUGGCCCGCGAGAGCGACACCUUCCACGACAUCAUUCAGCUGGACUUCGAGCACCCGGCCGACGAAAUGUCCCACACGACACUCUCCAUGCUCCACUGGACGCUCGCCUACUGCCCUCGGGCCAAGUGGAUCCUAAGAACGAGGGCCAACGUGGUCGUUAACACUCUAGCGAUGAGUGACUUCCUCCUGGGCAGCAACGAGGACUUCGCGUGCUUGAUGGCCGAGGAAGGCGUCUCGUGUCGCACGGGGCACUGCGGCGGCGGCGGCGGGAACGGCGAUCCCUCUGACCAGCAGUCGCCACCGCCUCACUGCACGCCCCACGCCUACGCUCUCAGCACCGACAUCGCCCGUGAUUUAUAUCUCUUUGCAAAUAAGACGCACCAGCACCCGGACGAAAACGUGUUCUUCACAGGCACACUGCCCUUGCCGCUGCAGCCCACAUACCACCGCUUGAAGAGCAAGCAACUUCAAUUCGGCAAGACGGCCAUCUACAAGGAAGGCUGGAGCAAUCUCCCUCUGAUGACUGUGGGGAAGAUUCGCGGCCGAGCAGCGUAGUGCAUCCUCUGUAGAAUUCCUUUUGAAAAGAUGUUGAAAUUAUGUAAAAAACAGAGAUCUUAAAAUCAAUAUGGUUGUUGAUACUUUGAUAUUC